CCAAGCCUUGACAAAAGGCACCGUCUCUACAGACAGGAGAGAGACCCAAGGCCACACAGCCAGGUCCAGGGUCAGGCAGAGCAUGGAAGCAAGGAAAAGCUGGACUUUACAUUUACUGCAGCUAAACAAAACUGCUAGCACAGACUGCAGCAGAACGCAGGACCAGAAGGAUUUUCCUCCUCAUACUGGAACAGUCGAGAAACCAGUGGGACAGAGGGACAGUUAGCCAGUGAGGAGGAAAAAGACAUUAUUCAUAGAGGAUCCACUGAGGAGUACCUGGCUUUUAAGCUGCCAAAGUUUGCAUCUGGCUCUCAGAAGCACUUCUGUGGACUCCCAGGCGCAUCCAUCGCUCUUUCGGGGCUGCCCCACUCCCUCCGUACCUCCCCCUCAGCCUUACUUAAGUAUAGGAUGACAAGCUGUGCGCCCCUGUGCUGAGGAGGCGGGCAGCAGUAUGGGCACUGUGCUGAACGGCAUCCCCACCACCAUCCCCUCCGUCACCAAUCUGCCACCAUCACGCUGCCCCACCAAGACGGGCACUCCCCCAGGCCCCGCUGAUGGGCGAAGACACUGACUCCACCCCAACUCUCAACCACCGCGGCUUCCUCCCCGACCACAACUAUGUGACUGAAGGGCUGCUCCUGGCUAUAGCCUGAAGAGCUCCGCCCCAUCCUGUCCACCCCUCUCCACCCUGGAGUCCUCCCCCAGGAUGUUGAGCCCCAUCCAGGUCCUGUGCUCCGACAUCACUACCCUUUCUCUGGAGCCUGAGCCUUUUGCUUCUUACACUGAAGCUGAUAUCAUCUCCACUGUUGAGUUUAACCACACUGGAGAGCUCCUGGCCACGGGAGACAAAGGGGGCCGUGUGGUCAUCUUUCAGAGGGAACCUGAGAGCCAGACUGAGCCCUUCUCCCAGGGAGAGUACAAUGUCUACAGCACCUUUCAGAGCCAUGAGCCCGAAUUCGACUAUCUUAAGAGUCUGGAGAUUGAGGAGAAGAUCAAUAAGAUUCGAUGGCUGCCUCAGCAGAACGCUGCACACUUCCUGCUUUCCACCAAUGAUAAGACCAUUAAAUUGUGGAAGGUGAGUGAAAGAGACAAACGACCAGAAGGAUACAACCUGAAGGAUGAAGAGGGUCGAAUCAAGGAUAUCUCCACAGUCACCUCUCUACAGGUGCCGGUGUUGAAGCCCAUGGACCUGAUGGUGGAGGUAACUCCUCGGCGAGUCUUUGCCAAUGCCCACACCUACCACAUCAACUCCAUCUCUGUCAACUCUGACUAUGAGACCUACAUGUCAGCGGAUGACCUUAGAAUCAACCUUUGGCAUCUGGACAUCACUGACCGUAGCUUCAACAUUGUGGACAUCAAGCCAGCCAACAUGGAGGACCUGACAGAGGUGAUCACAGCGGCUGAGUUUCAUCCCCACCACUGUAACUUGUUUGUCUAUAGCAGCAGUAAAGGCACCCUGCGCCUCUGUGACAUGAGAGAAGCAGCACUAUGUGACAAGCACUCUAAAUUGUUUGAGGAGCCCGAGGACCCCAGCGCCCGCUCUUUCUUCUCCGAGAUUAUCUCCUCUGUGUCGGACGUCAAGUUCAGCCACAGCGGUCGAUACCUGCUAACCAGAGACUACCUGACUGCCAAAGUCUGGGAUCUCAACAUGGAGAGCAAGCCCCUAGAGACAUACCAGGUUCAUGAUUAUCUCCGCAGCAAGUUGUGCUCUCUCUACGAGAACGACUGCAUCUUUGACAAGUUUGAGUGUGCCUGGAACGGCUCCGACAGCGUUAUCAUGACCGGAGCCUAUAACAACUUCUUCCGCAUGUUCGACCGCAACACCAAACGCGACGUCACCCUGGAGGCGUCACGGGAGAGCAGCAAACCCAGGGCCGUGCUGAAGCCGCGGAGGGUCUGUGCCGCUGGAGGAAAACGCCGGAAGGAUGAUAUCAGUGUGGACAGCCUGGACUUCACCAAGAAGAUCCUCCAUACGGCUUGGCACCCAAACGAGAACAUCAUUGCCAUCGCUGCCACUAACAAUCUCUACAUCUUCCAGGACAAACUCAACUCCGAGAUGCAUUAGUGAAUGGAUGUCAGCGGCAAAUACAAAUGAGUUUACACCCAAAAACACAACUAUGCCAGAAUGUACACACUAUCAGACAUGCACACACACACACACUUUCACACAGCCAAGAGAUGCCUAAAACGCAUACCUACACACACAAUCAGAACUCAUACACAGCGUUUCACGUCCCUCCUUCACCUCCUCCUCAGCCUUCCAGAACUGAAAGGCCCUCGGCAGGGCUAGGAAGGGAACAGGCUGGAUUACACAACGGAUUAUGGAUUGCAAAAUUGUCUGAACAGUGGAUUUCCUGAUUGUUAGCCUCUGGAUUGAUGGUGUGUUGGUUGCUGCAGCUCGGCUUCCUGAGGGGAGGGAUCACACCCUCGGCCCCAGAGUGGAGAGACGUUUACAUGUUCGUCUUCUUCUUCUUUUUAAUUCUUCAUGCUCUUUUGCUUUUUUUCCACCUCCUCCUCCACCUCCUCUGCUCUCUGUAUUUGUGUGCUCAAGCAAAUCCUAUUCUUAUCCCUUGCCCACUGUUUUGUGUAACAAAAACCCUUUGUGGUUGUCUACCAGCCGCACUGAUGAGAAAUGGGGCAUUUAUAUAACUGGCUGUUUGUUUUCAGAUCAGAUCAUCAUUUCAGAUCAGCUUUCCCUCUUCUGUUUUUUGUAACUUCUUCUUAAAUGAUGAUGAUGGUAAUUAAUGAGGAUGAGGUAAAGUGAUUUGCGUGAUGUACGAGGAUGAACUUGGGACCCCACCCCCUUCUUCCUAAGCCCACCAGACGCCUCUGAGCUCUCCCUGAAUCAGGAGAGACGACCAAAAACUGGGCUGCGUUCAGCAACGUGAAACAGUUACAGUCCUGCAGAUAGAAGCAGAAGUUACCAGAUGAUACUAUACCACCAUGGCCUAACAUGAGGACACGCGCUCAUAUAUGGUCCACAGUGCAUUUCAGUAAUUCUUGUUUUCCCUGCUGAAACGUGUCCGAACGUCUCUGAUUUCUGCUUCUGGUCUGGGGCUGCUUUGUGUGCUACUCUGACAUUAAAUAUGUUAAACUCAGAUCAAGCAAAAAUAUUACUAAAAAGAAAAAAAAUCUAUAAAAUAAAUAAUUUCAGCAAUCAAAUGAUAAAUGCUGCAUGUCAAACAGAUUUAGCCUAGGUGUUUAUAAAUUGACUCACUGACUGGCUUGGCUGCCUUCGUAACCAUUUUAGAUCCAGCUUGUACAAAGGCUUCAGGGGCCCACUGGGGGGCCCUUUGCAGCACGAGUAACCAUAGAUGACCGAGCUCCCUUACCUUUAUUUAUGUCUUCGGACGCUGAAGCAUGUUUACCGGUGUUCGGUUCAUACACUUAACACGUACUUUUCGAAUGAAGCCGUCCACAAAAUCAGUUUCUGCUCAGUGAAACUGCAAACCGAGAAGAAUGGGGAAUGUUUGUGGUUACCAUUAAAAGAAAAAAGACAAAAAAAUCUAAGGGCCUAAAUGGUGUCUGUGUAUAUCAGCUCGGUUUUUGACAUGUAUGAGGUUUUGUUGUUUUUAAACAACCAUAAACGGACUGCAGACUUGAUCAUCGGUACUGAUGACUGCCUCCAAAGCUACAGCAAAGAGAUGGUACUUUAAUCUCUUCGGCCUUCCUCACUGAUAACUUUGCUGAUGUGUUUAUUUUUUAGAAAACAGCAAAUUCUUUUAUCUGUCCUUUUUUGUUCCUUUUGCUUUUUUCUGUCGGUUGUAGCCUACUCCACGUCCUUACCACACUAAGCCACAUAUUUUUGUGUUAAUGUAUGUUGAUGACAAAAUUGUCAAACGAACAGUUAUAAAUAAUGUUAAUAUGUUUUUUUUCUGAAUAAAGAUUUCAACGAAAUUGCA